CCCGGCCUGGCCGUGGCCAGCAUGGCCCCAACGCUGUUCCAGAAGCUUUUCAGCAAGAGGAGCGGACUGGGCGCCCCCGGCCGAGACGCCCGGGAUCCGGAUUGCGCGUUCAGUUGGCCUUUGCCAGAGUUUGAUCCAAGCCAGAUUCGACUGAUUGUGUAUCAAGACUGUGAAAGACGAGGUAGAAAUGUCUUGUUUGACUCAAGUGUUAAGAGAAAAAAUGAGGACAUAUCAGUAUCGGUGAGCAUCAUUAUUGAUUUGGUUGAAACUUAA